CUUCAUCUACCGCGCGCGCGAGGUCGACGGCGACGAUGCCCGACCUCAACCGCCCAACUUUGUCGUCCUAUUCGCCCCCCGCGAUCCUUAAAUACCCAUACGAAUCCCCUGUUAAUUACACACCCAAAGCAACAUCGUUCAAGUCCCGAGUGUCUAACUCGAGCUAGCUCGAUCGUGUAUCCAUGGCGAUUAAUAAUAACGGGAACGCCUUGGCCUUCAGCGACGCCCAGUGGUCGCUCGCCGGGAAACGAGCGGUGGUCACCGGCGGCACUAAGGGAAUUGGCUACGCCAUCGUCGAAGAGCUGUGCAAGUUCGGCGCGACCGUGCACACCUGCGCGCGCCAGGAAGCGGAUCUCCUCGAGUGCCUGCGCCGGUGGGAGGCGAAGGGGUUCAAGGUGACUGGAUCCACGUGCGACGUCUCGUCGCCGGAGGACAGGGAGAAGCUCAUGGCGGAAGUGAGCUCCGUGUUCGGUGGCAAACUCGAUAUCCUCGUUAACAACGCCGGCACGGGGUUUGUUAAGCCCAUGGCACUGAUAACGCCCGAGGAGUACAAGUUCAUGAUGAGCACCAACGUCGACUCUACCUUCCACCUGUCUCAGCUCGCCUACCCCCUUCUCAAGGCGUCCGGCGGCGGCGCCGUCGUCAACAACUCCUCGCUCGCCGGCUCGCUCGGCAUCGACAACCUCUCCAUCUACGGCACCACCAAAGCGGCGGUGAACCAGCUGACGAGGAACUUGGCCUGCGAAUGGGCGAAGGACAACAUCCGAACCAACUGCGUCUCACCUGGUUCGAUCAGGACGCCACUCCUAGAGCCGCUACUGGCGAUGCCGGAGUUCAAGGCGAAGGAAACGUAUCGAAUUCCGCUGGGCCGCGUGGGUGAGUCGGAAGAGGUGGCGCAGCUGGUGGCCUUUCUUUGCCUCCCUGCUUCCCGAUACAUCACCGGCCAAGUCAUCUUCAUCGACGGAGGCAAAUCGAUCAACGGUAACCUUUGAGUCUUAAGAUAUAUGUGGAGACCUAGCUACAAAAGUGAUUGUAACUCCUAUCUAAAUAAAGUCUUAUAUAUAAAGAUGAGCUUAAAGGAAUUGGACUGGUUUCCUUUUUAA